AACAGUCUGGCAACGUCGCCGAGAGCAAAUACUGUGGCAGCACUAGAAAUUUACACUCAAGCGUCGCAUUAGUAGUUCUGAACCCAAAUCGGGGGUAUAUAUCUCCCAUAUCAUACCUAUCCGAUUGCAAGUGCGUGGCGCGAGAGCACAGGAAUUAGCCCGUGCAUCCGGGAAGAGGGCUCACCAGGUCUAAACAGCUGAUCAAGGUACUGCGUUGUUGUGAUUCCCGAUUCGAUUCCUCGGUUGUGCAAAUUCCGAGUCCAAAACAAAAGCGGAGCGCAGAUCGAGAUAAGGAGUAUUACAAGGCCCAAAGUAAUCGCAGUAAUAUCGGUAGUACCCGCAUUAUUCCCCGCAUAGAAACAAAGGAACCCCACACACACUCACGUACGGGUGCAAGCGAGACGGGGCGAGACCAGUAGAGCGAGAGAGGAAGAGGGAGCGGGAGGAGCACAAUGGGACGCAUAUUUCUGGAACACCUCGGCGGACUGAAGCUCUUCAAUUGCGCCCAGUGCCACACAAACCUGACCAACCGCAGCCAGCUGAUCAGCACACGAUUUACGGGCGCAACAGGACGCGCCUAUCUGUUCAAACGCGUCGUAAACCUGACCUUCAGCAACAUCCAGGAACGGGUCAUGCUCACAGGCCGCCACAUGGUACGCGAUGUCAUGUGCAAGAACUGCGGCGCCAAACUUGGUUGGAUGUACGAGUUCGCCACCGAGGAGUCUCAAAAGUACAAGGAGGGUCGUGUGAUCCUGGAGUACGCGCUCAUCACCGAGGCGGAGGGCUUUCCGUCGGAGGCCCCCACCACGAGUCAUUGAACGGAGAAGCUCUGAGCCGGAAAACGAGAACCACGCAUUGGCGAACCGUGUGUAGCCCUAAGUAUUGAGUAGAAAGCCACAGGCGAUGGCUUCUAUGCAUUAGACCUAGUUUAGAGAUCGCCGUAGAGAGCAGCUCCCAAGUCCGGAGAACCGGUUGCACAUCAUCCGGCACGGAGGACUCGCCUACGGCCCUGGUCUUAACGUGACUUAAACUUAAUUGUAGGCACAUCUAGCACGUAAGCAGCUGCGGCGCCCGAUUCUACCAUUAACUACUACUGUCAUGAGGCUGAAGUGCUAAAAGAAAGAGAUAGGUCCUGUUACCAGUUCCGCAGAACCGCAACUGAUCCACACUUGUGUCUUUUCAAACAAGAUCUCUAGACCGUAAUCAAUCACCAAUCAAUCAAUCAGCAAUAAAGUAACACAAUAAUCUUUA